GAAGAAGAAUAAACAGGAAGUUGUCGUCACCUUCAGUUUCUGUCGGAAAAUAGGAUAAAAAAUACAAAUAAGAAAAACCUUUCUAACUGCCUUCACGGGACACGGUGAUUCAGUGUCAACCCAGUGGGUUCCAGCACCAUGGCGGCGGUGGACGUGGAGGACGAGAGUAUCCUGGUGUCCGUGUUUCGGAACAGUUUCCCGGACAGCUGGAGGGAGCAGCCGGACCUGGCGGCCUACCUGUCGGAGCUCAGCUCCUUCGGGGUGGACAAACUGAGCCGGGAGCCCGAGCGGCUGGCGGAGGAGCGGGCCCACAUCCUGCAGCAGACCCGGGAACUGGCCUUCUCCAACUACCAGACCUUCAUCCGAACCGCCGAGUGCACCGAGCACAUCUACCGGGACUUCGGCCGGGUGGAGAGCAGCGUGUCCCGGCUGCUGGACAAGCUGCCCCUGUUCGGAGAGAGGUGCAGGGCCUUCAUGAAGGAGGCGGAGGAGAUCGGAGCGAGUCGUCGCAUGAACAGCCUCACUCUGAACCGCCACACAGAAAUCCUGGAGAUCCUGGAGAUCCCGCAGCUCAUGGACACCUGCGUCCGCAACGGCUACUACGAGGAGGCUCUGGAGCUGACUGCGUACGUGAAGAGGCUGGAGAAGAAGCACUCGUCACUGCCGGUCAUCCAGGGAAUCGUGCGUGAGGUGCGUCAGUCAGCUCAGCUCAUGCUCAGCCAGCUGCUGCAGCAGCUGCGCACCAACUCUCAGCUGCCUGUGUGCCUGCGCGUUAUUGGGUACCUGCGGCGGAUGGACGUGUUCACGGAGGCGGAGCUUCGGGUGAAGUUCCUGCAGGCGCGCAGCACCUGGCUCGGCUCGAUCCUCGCAGCCAUCCCUGACGACGACCCCUAUUUCCACAUCACCAAAACCAUCGAGGCCUGCAGGGUGCACCUGUUUGACAUCAUCACGCAGUACAGAGCCAUCUUCUCUGACGAUGAGCCGCUGCUGCCGCCUGUGUCCGACCAGGCGCCGCUCAACGAGGGCGCCAUCUUCCAUGGCUGGGUGGUGCAGAAGGUGGCAGAGUUCCUGGAGACAUUGGACAGGGACCUGCAGCGUGGUGUGGGGAGCCGUCUGGACUCCUUGUUGGGACAGUGCAUGUACUUUGGCCUGUCCUUCAGCAGGGUGGGGGCAGACUUUCGCGGACAGCUUGCGCCCAUGUUCCAGCGGGUGGCGGCGGCGACGUUUCGUGGGGCCGUGCAGGAGGCCGUGGACAAGUUCCAGGAGGACAUGAACCUGUACACACUGAUCAACCUUCCCUCGGUGCUGGGGGGCACCAUCCCCCCUGUGGCCCCUGGCAUCCAGCCUGGCACCCUGCAGCCCCCCAUGGCCCUGCUGGACUUCCAGCCGCUCGCCUGUUUCCUCAACAACAUCCUGAGCGCCUUCAACGACCUGCGGCUCUGCUGCCCCAUGGGACUGGCGCAGGACGUCAGCACGUGUCUGCAGGACGCCCUGAAGAUGGUGACCCGUCAGAUUCUGGCGUUCCACAGGGCUGAGGAGUCGGCCUUCAGCAGCAGAGAGAAGGAGCUGUUUGUUCAGUUCUGCUCUUCGUACGCUGAAGACCUGCUGCCCUUCCUGAACCGCUGCCUGCAGGUUCUGUUCCCUCCAGCUCAGCUGGCGCUCAUUCUGGGUGUUCCUGCCUCGCAGCUGCACAGGUACCGCGGUCUGGGCAGCAUCGACGUCGCUGCAGUUCUACAGCCCCUGGACUUUGUCCUUCCUCAGAAGGAAACCCCGCUUCUGUCGCUGGAGGUCGACGUCACGGCCGAGCUGGGCAGCCUCACCUUUGACCCGCACCUCUCAGAUCCAGAACCUGCGUCCACUCAGUCCGGUCCUACAGAACCGGAGCCUGCAGCUGAACUGAAGCGUGAUGAAGAUGGGGGACAGGAAGAAGAGCAUCCAGAGUGAAACUGGAUCUCUGGGGCAGUUCUGGACAGGUUCAAAGAACCUGUUUGGACUCAGGUGGUGGGAUCAGAACUUUCUGGACUGGUCUGAACUGGGAAACACAUUGUUGGAAGUAUAACAGUGUUUUCUGUCCACAUGUCUGAUUUUUGGUGUCUUUCAUGACUCGGUCUCUUCCUACACGUGCCGAAGCUGCAGCCAGAAAGGUCAAAGGUCAAUCUGAGACUCCUUCAACUGAGCUGCCGUGGAGAUCGUUUUGAGAGAAGCCUCAACAUGAUCAGCAUCGUUUGUUUCAAGUCCAGGAUGUCAGUCCUCAGUGAAAGUACAAUUAUUACUGACGCACACGCUGCAUUUAAAGAUCGUCCUGUGUCCAGUGGUGCCUCCAGAUUUAUUUAAUGUGUGUGUGUGUGUGUGUGUGUGUGUGUGGGGGGGGCAUUUGUAAUGUCACAUCGGUUAUUUGACAAAUACAGAAACACUGGAG